AUGGACAUGCAGCACUUGCGGAGACCGGGCCCUUUAGGCUCCAGCAGCCUUGUCGAUCUUCCCGAGUAUAUCAUCACUUCUUUUCUGCCUGGAGCACGACCGCUACUGGACAAAUACCCUCGCCUCUUCCGUUUCCUAGGUGUUCUCCUUGCAUUUUGGUAUCUUGGGCCCGUGGCCAGAUUGCAAGCACUAUGGUCUCGCUUCUCCUCUCUCCUGGUGGCCUCGAUUAGCAUGUCAAGCGAGGAAGAUUUAUUCAACUACGUCACUUCUUAUAUCGCGGAACGCAAGACCCUGCGAGCGGAUCAAUCUCUCACCGCCUCCUCUAAUCCACCGCAAGACCAACGUCGACGACAUCGCCAUGAUCCAGACUACGAAGAAUCCUCCCGGCGGACCAAUGAAGACCCCAAAAUCAAGUACGAACAGGGUCAGGGACUGCAAUUGUUCAUUCACAAGAAACGCCUGUUCUACAUCUCCCGAAAAUAUGGUGAAGGGCAUACUUACCAUGGCAAUCGAUACAAGCGCAUAGAAGUCAUCACCUUAUCGUGCCUUGGCCGCUCUACAAAACCCAUCAAAGAUCUCCUAGAACACGUCUAUUUCCUAAACAAAGAUAAAGAACGCUCACUCACGAUCAUUCGGCGCCCUUAUACGGGAGGCUAUGGUAGUCGUCUGACAUGGUCCAGACUGACAUCAAAGCCGCGCAGAGCUUUGGAUACUGUCAUUCUCGAUGCCACGAAAAAGGAGCAAGUCUUGGCAGAUGUCGAGGAGUACAUGGACGAGGCGACAAUGACCUUCUAUGCAAAUCACGGGAUCCCAUACCGUCGUGGAUACCUCUUCCAUGGCCCACCUGGCGUGGGCAAAACUUCAUUCGCACUUGCGCUCGCUUCGAAAUUCAACCUUGAUGUUUACAAUCUCACUUUGCUUGACCAAGAACUUACAGAUUCCGACCUGAUCUCUUUGUUGAAUCAGCUUCCAGGCCGCUCACUGUUACUUCUCGAAGAUAUUGAUACCGCAGGUCUGAACCGAAAAGGCAAGGCCACUUCGGCUCGUCGCUCAGGAGGAAGGCGACGAUUGGGACUCCCCGAAGGUGUUGUAGGAUCAACGUCUCGCAACAAAUCUUCCACAGCAGACGAUGUAGACCUUGAUAGUGACGAUGAAGCAUCCGGUACUACUUCCCGCGUGACGCUAUCUGGUUUGUUGAAUGCAAUCGAUGGUGUCGCCGCGCCUGAAGGCCAUAUCUUAGUAAUGACAACGAACCGUCCUUUCCAACUCGACGAUGCGUUGGUUCGAGCCGGACGAAUCAGUGUCAGGGUUGAAUUCAAGAACGCGUCCAAGAGACAGGCGGAGGAGAUCUUCCUUAGGAUGUAUGUUGAUCUUCCCAGCACGUCACCUCCUUGGGACGAGAAGCUGGACGAUAAAAAGCUGCCAACCGAGGGUGGUGGUGUCAUUGCGACAAUUCCUACUGUCCCUCCUGCACAUGGUGAAAGCAGUGAUACCGCCCACUUGAGGACUUUGGCAAAGAAGUUCGCAGAAUCGAUCCCCGACUACGAUUUCUCACCCGCUGACUUACAAGACUUUUUACUGAUCCACAAGAAAGAGGCAGAAAACGCCGUGGAGGCUUUACCAGCAUGGAUGAAACACACGUAUGAGGAACGUCAGAAGAAGGAAGAAGACAAGGAGGCGGAGAGGGCUGCGAAACGGGAUGCAAAACGCCAUCAGCUUCGUCAAUUCAGGGCGGAAAUCAAGAAAGCCGUCAAUGACGAAGACACCGACGACACUGAUGAGGAAGAACAGGAUAAUUCAAGCGCCAAGGAGGAUGGAGCGAAGGAGUCUGCGGACGAGAAAGCGGAAGACAUCAAAGAGGCUGGUGAAGGCGCAGGAGACACGAGCAAGGUGAUUGGAGAAUCCACUGAAAACGGCAGACAACGCCUGACUCGUAAAGUCGAUGACAACCAUGGGACUAAAUUCCAAUCUGGAGGCUGA